GGAGUGCAGGUUGUAGAGAGCUGGAGAGAGUGUACUGCUCAGAGAGUGCAGGUUAUAGAGAGCCAGAGAGAGCGUGUACUUCUCAGGGAGUGCGGGUUAUAGAGAGCUGGAGAGAGUGUACCGCUCAGAGAGUGCAGGUUAUAGAGAGCUGGAGAGAGUGUACUGCUCAGGGAGUGCAGGUUAUAGAGAGCCAGAGAGAGCGUACUGCUCAGAGAGUGCAAGUUAUAGAGAGCCUGCGAGAGCGUACUGCUCAGAGAGUGCAGUUUAUGGAGAGCCGGAAAGAGCGUACUGUUCAGGGAGUGCGGGUUAUAGAGAGCCAGAGAGAGUGUACUGCACAGGGAGUGCAGGUUAUAGAGAGCCGGAGAGAGCGUACUGCUCAGGGAGUGUGGGUUAUAGAGAGCCAGAGAGAGCGUACUGCUCAGGGAGUGCAGGUUAUAGAGAGCAGGAGAGAGCGUACUGCUCAGGGAAUGAGGGUUAUAGAGAGCCGGAGAGAACGUACUGCUCAGAGAGUGCGGGUUAUAGAGAGCCAGAGAGAGCGUACUGCUCAGAGAGUGCGGGUUAUAGAGAGCCAGAGAGAGCAUACUGCUCAGGGAAUGCGGGUUAUAGAGAGCAGGAGAGAGCAUACUGCUCAGGGAAUGAGGGUUAUAGAGAGCCGGAGAGAGCGUACUGCUCAGGGAGUGCAGAUUAGAGAGAGCCAGAGAGAGCGUACUGCUCAGGGAGUGCGGAUUAGAGAGAGCCGGAGAGAGCGUACUGCUCAGGAAGGGCAGAUUAUAUAG